AUGCGGCGUUGCCUGGCCCCAGCUGGUGCCCGUGUGACGUCUCGAAGGAGUUCUACAACUGUAUCACGUCCCGUUGACUACAACCUCAGGCACUGCUCACUUUGGACGGAGAACGGCGCGAAUAAUACGGCAUCGGCGACAUCAACCAACGCACCGGUCGCUCCGACCUCGGAGGACUACCGCGCCUUGCUGCUGGACCUCUUACUGUACCGUCGCGAGACGUUGGCUCCAGUCAUAAAAGCUCUACACCGCGAGAGGAACGAGGUCGAGAAAAAAAUGCAGCAGCUUGACACGCCCGUUCGCGAGCUCCACUUCAUUCCUGAUGAACUCCGGCAACUGUCUGAAGUGAUGCUUGAUGGCCUACCCACCCGUUUGCCCGAACUCUUCAGGGGGAAUCGCCAUUUAUCAGCUGCAAAAAGCUCCAACACAGCCAAACUUGAUAGUAAUGCAGAAAUUGUAUUAUAA